AUGCCUUUCAAUACAGCCUUGACGAGGAAGCUGGGCAUCAGGGUCCCUGUUGUGCAGGGUGGUAUGCAAUGGGUUGGAUUCGCAGAACUCGCCUCGGCAGUUAGCAACGCAGGUGGAUUGGGAAUCCUCACUGCCCUGACCCAACCGACCCCAGAAGAUCUCCGAAAAGAAAUCCGGAGAUGUCGCAGCAUGACCAAGAACCCAUUCGGUGUCAACCUGACCCUCCUCCCCGCCCUUGUUCCCCCCGACUACGGCGCCUACGCACAGGUGAUUAUCGAUGAAGGCAUCCGAAUCGUCGAGACAGCAGGCAACAACCCGGGUCCGGUUAUCACGCAGUUGAAGAAGGCCAACGUCACCGUUCUGCACAAGUGUACAACCGUCCGUCAUGCCAAGUCGGCCGUGAAACUGGGCGUGGAUUUCCUGUCGAUCGAUGGAUUCGAGUGCGCUGGACAUGUGGGUGAGCAUGAUAUCACCAACUUCAUCCUCCUCAGCCGUGCACGACAGGAGCUCAAGGUCCCAUUCAUUGCCUCUGGAGGAUUCGCCGAUGGACAAGGUCUCGCUGCUGCUCUGGCCCUCGGCGCUGAGGGUAUCAACAUGGGCACCCGCUUCAUGUCUACAGUCGAAGCCCCCAUCCACCAAAAGGUCAAGGAGGCGAUCGUCAACGCCCAGGAGACGGACACAGCACUGGUGCUCCGGAGAUGGAAGAACACGACCCGACUUUUCGGCAACAAGGUGACGCAGGAAGCGUUGAAGGUUGAAAAGGAGAGCAAGUCGGGCGAGUUCAGUGAGAUUGCGCCGUUUGUCAGCGGCAAGAGAGGUCGGGAGGUUUUCCUGAAUGGAGAUGUUGACUUUGGGGUCUGGACCGCUGGUCAAGUCAUCGGGUUGAUUCACGAUAUUCCCACCUGUGCGGCUUUGCUGCAGCGUAUCGAGACGGAAGCCCUGGAGGCGAUGAACCGGACGAGAUCGUUGUAUGUUGACGCUCCGCAGAGCAAGUUGUAG